AUGAAGCCGUCCAUCUCCCCGCGUUCGGCUGGUGCCGCGCUGCUCGCAGCUGCCACCUUUGCACAGGCACAAACAUCGCCAUUUUCUAUUGACAGCACCGCAUCUAUCAAGCAAAGUUCUUCCACUUUAGCAUGGGACAUGUUACAAUACUACAAGGGCAACUUGACUGGCCAAACACCUGGUAUUCUACCCGGUCCUCCACCUGCCGGUGACUACUACUGGUGGGAAGGAGGUGCUAUGUGGGGGACUUUGAUCGAUUAUUGGUAUUGGACGGGAGAUUCAACCUACAAUAACGAAAUUAUGCAAUCGAUGCAGUUCCAAGUCGGAGAAAAUAAGGAUUAUAUGCCCCGCAACGUUACGGCAUCGCUGGGUAAUGACGAUCAAGGCUUCUGGGGCAUGGCUGCCAUGACAGCUGCUGAAAAUGGCUUCCCUGACCCUCCAUCUGAUAAACCACAGUGGUUAGAGCUUGCUCAAGCCGUCUUUAAUACCCAAGCCAGUCCUGAUCGUCACGACUCGACCUGCGGUGGUGGUUUGCGAUGGCAGAUUCCGUUUGCCAACAACGGAUACGACUACAAGAAUAGUAUCGCUAACGGUUGUUUCUUCAAUAUGGGUGCCCGUCUUGCCCGCUACACCGGUAACACCACAUACUCAGAUUGGGCUGAUAAGACUUGGGAUUGGAUGUGGAAGAUUGGAUUUAUCGACAACAAGAAUUAUGCCAUUUACGACGGUGCCAAGGUUGCCGGCGACUGCAAAGAUAUCAACCGGGCUGAAUUCUCCUACAAUAACGCCGUAUUUGCGGAAGGCGUUGCCUACAUGUACAAUUAUACCAAUGGAAACGCAACAUGGAAAGCGAGAUUAGACGGGCUCCUCAAGCACGGAAUGGAAACGUUUCUCCCCAAAGGAAUUGCAGUUGAAAUUUCCUGCGAAAAUGCCGGCACUUGCACCACGGAUAUGAUUACGUUCAAGGGCUUCCUUCACCGAUGGUACUCUACCAUUUCGCAGCUUGCCCCCUACACUGCCGAGACGAUUCGACCGGUUCUGAAGACUUCUGCUCAGGCUGCAAUUAAGCAAUGUACUGGUGCCGCAUUGGGAAGACAGUGUGGCUUCAAGUGGGCUAGUGGUGUCUACGAUGGCAAGACUGGCGCUGGCCAAGAGAUGGCAGCCCUCUCAGCCGUUAUGUCCCUUCUCAUUCCUGCCGCCAAGGCACCUAUGACUGAGAAGGACGGUGGCACGUCCAAGGGUAAUCCCAACGCUGGUGGUGGCGGCGACAAUGCUCUCAAGAAGGUCAAGCCCAUCACGACUGCCGACAAGGCUGGUGCUGGCAUUCUCACUUUCCUGGUUCUUGGGUCGGCAUGUGGUGUCUUUGGUUGGAUGAGCGUAGGUGCUUAA